AUGUGCUUAACAACUGGCAAUUCAUCAUCCACUGAGCGGGCUACUUUGAGCGCCGCUGCCAGAGCUGUGGUGCCGAACCAUCCCGCUGCCCAAGAGGCCCUCGAAGUUGCUCUCAAAUCACUUUCACCAUCUCUCUUCAACCACAGCCUCCGCCUAUACAUCUAUGCACAAGCGCUGCUCAACUCGUCGUCAGCUGGGCUGCCCGGUUCCUUUGAAGCCUUCAAGGGGGUUUCAGUUGAGCCUCAUGUGCUCUUCGUUGCUUGUAUCUACCAUGAUCUAAGCACAGUGGAGAAGUAUGACGGCAAUCCCAAGCGCUUUGAGAUCGUUGCCGGCGAUGAAGCCGUGCAACUGCUACUCAAGCACGGUGAGAGUGAAUCGGCCGCCAGGGAAGCCUGGCUCGCCAUGUCACUACAUACCACACCCCAUAUUCCGGAGAACCUUGGAGGAGCCGUACAGGCACUCCGGCUGGGAAUAAGGACCGAGUUCCGCGGAUACCAGCUGGCGAAAGAGGCGCUCACAGAGGAGCAGUGGAGAGUUGUCAAGGAAGACUUGCCUCGUCUUGAUAUUGAGAAAGAUCUGUCUGAUGCAGUUGUUCGACAGGCGUUGGCGACUGAGGAAAAAGCACCAAGAAUGACAUGGGCAGGAGAGCUAUUGAAGUGGAAGAAGGCGAACCCAGAUUACCAGGGCACUAACCAAGCAUUUUGA